AUGGACAGGGAGGCGCGCGUGUUCGCCGAGAGCCACUUCCGAGGCCUCGAGGGGUGUCUCCCCCGCAGGGUCUGCCCGAAACUGGACCGCGUGGACUUCAUCGAGAAGCCGGACUCCUUUUCCUACGCCGACUUCUUCAAGGGUUACCUGCUCCCUAACUUACCCUGUGUUUUCUCCAGCGCCUUCACCGAGGGCUGGGGCAGCAGGAGGCUCUGGGUGACACCCAGCGGAAAGCCCAACUUCGAUUACCUGCUUCAGAACUAUGGAGACGUGGUUGUACCUGUUGCAAAUUGUGGGGUCCGGGAAUACAACUCCAACCCCAAAGAACACAUGACCCUCAGAGACUACAUCAGCUACUGGAAAGAGUACAUUCAGGGAAACUACUCCUCUUCACGGGGCUGUCUCUAUCUCAAAGACUGGCAUCUGUGCAGGGACUCCUCGGCGGAGGGCGUGUUCACCCUGCCCAUAUACUUCUCAUCUGACUGGCUCAACGAGUACUGGGAUGCCCUGGACGUGGAUGACUACCGCUUCAUCUACAUGGGGCCCACCGGCACCUGGUCGCCGUUCCAUGCUGACAUUUUCCGCUCCUUCAGCUGGUCCGUCAACAUCUGCGGGAGGAAAAAGUGGUUCUUCUUCCCACCGGGGCAAGAAGAAGCCCUGCGGGACUGCCACGGUAGCCUGCCCUACGACGUGACCUCCCCCACACUCCUGGAUAGCCGCCUACACCCCAUGCGAGAUCACUGUAUCCCACCACUGGAGGUCACACAGGAGGCAGGCGAGAUGGUGUUUGUGCCCAGUGGGUGGCACCAUCAAGUCCACAACCUGGAGGACACCAUCUCCAUCAACCACAACUGGGUCAACGGCUGUAACCUGGCCAACAUGUGGCACUUCCUGCAGCAGGAGCUCUGUGCCGUGCAGCAGGAGAUCAUUGAGUGGAGGGACAGCAUGCCCGACUGGCACCACCACUGCCAGGUCAUCAUGAAGUCCUGCUCCGGGAUUAAUUUCGAGGAAUUUUAUCACUUCCUCAAGGUCGUUGCUGAAAGGAGGCUUCUCCUCCUGGCAAACGGGAUGGGUCCUGGCGAGGUGGAGGGCGGCAAGGGCACCAGGCUGGGCCCCCAGCAGGCCGCUUUUGACAUUGGCCGCAUAGCUGAGGUGCUGGAGUCCGUGGUGGCCCACCCUGACUUCCAGAGAGUGGACACCAGUGCAUUCUCACCACGGCCAGAGGAGCUCCUACAGCAGCUGGAGGAGGCUGUGGCUGCCACCACAUCCCUUUAG